AUGUCGACUGAAGAUAGAGCUAGCCAGCAAAAUGUUGGUGAAAUUGUACAUGCCCUUUCAGGAGCUGGGGCUGGAGUACUGUCACUAUCAGUAACAUACCCUCUGCUAACUAUUUCAACAAAACUGCAGUCUGAAGACAAAAAUAAAGACGCUCAAAUUGAACAAAAGAAAUCUGCAAAGGAGAUCAUCAAAAGCAUUUACGCAAAAGACGGUCUACUUGGGUACUAUGCUGGUCUCGAAAGUGCCGUUUACGGUAUUGCCGUAACAAACUUUGUCUACUACUAUUUUUAUGAGUUAGCCGCAAACUCGAUCAAGAGAGUUCGUGCAAAUAAUCAACUAAAUACCCUCCAAUCUAUGGCUACUGGUGCAGUUGCAGGUUCGAUCACUGCUAUCGUUUCUAAUCCGAUCUGGAUAGCCAACACAAGAAUGACGGUCACGAAAUCCCAGGAGAGUACUUUAUCAACUAUUAUAAAAAUAAUCCAAAAGGAUGGACCAAUGACCCUUUUCAAUGGAUUGAAACCGGCAUUGAUCCUUGUUUUGAAUCCUGUAAUCCAAUACACAGUUUUUGAACAGCUCAAGAAUAUAAUCUUGGCAUUACAGAAAAAGAAAAACCAGAAAGAAGUAUUAUCACCCCUUUGGGCAUUCGUCCUUGGAGCUCUGGGCAAACUCAUAGCUACCGGUGCAACCUAUCCAUAUCUUACUUUAAAAACUAGACUUCAUCUAGCUGGGCAUGAUAAUGUCAACAAGAAAUCGGCAGAAGCUGGUCAGAGAAGUGAAGAAAAAGUAACUAUGAUCUCGGAAGCGCUUAAAAUCAUAAAAAAAGAUGGUGUAUCAGGCUUUUACAGUGGCAUUAGUUACAAAUUGGUCCAAAGUAUAUUGAACGCCGCAUUCCUAUUCUUUUUUAAGGAAGGGCUGGUGAUGUGGUCCGUGCGUUUGAUAUCUGAAAUGCGUAGUGUAAUAUCUAUGAAGAACAAAAUGCUGAAAAUACAAGCUGUGAAAAAAUAA